AAGAGUUAGAUGGUGACUGUAUGGUUGGUAGGAUAUUAUUAUUCAAAGUCUGUUCUCAAUUUUGAGUGAAAAUGUCUUCAAGGAAAAUGACUCUGCCUCCCAGGCUUCCACUGUUGUUGGUUGGAGACUGUGUGUUAAUGCCUGGCUCUUCUAAGAGGAUUAAAGUAUCAACACCUCGAAAUAUGAGGUUGGUUAAAGAAUAUUUGUUACAAAGCGCUUCUCUUGGAUCCACUAUUAUUGGGAUAAUUCCGGACACUUUGGACCCUCCUUCAUCUGAUGAAAUACCUGAGAAUAUUCAUCGAACUGGUACAGCAGCCAUCGUGGUUCAAGUUACUGGCACUAACUGGCCUAAACCUAACUACACAAUGUUAGCACAUGGUUUGUGCAGGUUUAAUGUGGACCAGAUCAUAAGAGACACUCCAUACAUAUCUGCUAAGGUGUCGCAGAUUGGUAAAUGGCCAUCGGAGCCCGAUGACGCACGAGGUACCGAUGGCGCGGUGUCCGAACUCGCGUCACAAUUGCGCAAGGAUGCCUUGGAACUUGUCGAGGCACUUGACAUGUCGGUGCCGGUUGUCUCUCGAUUGCGACAACUCCUUGACAGGCUACCAGACCAUUCGCUACCCGAUGUGUUGGCGGCAAUUGUUCGAUCAUCAACACAAGAAAAACUGAAGAUUCUUGAUGCGAUGGAUUUAGAAGAAAGAUUACGAAGAGCGAUACCUUUGAUUAUGCGACAAUUGGAAAGCAUUAAGUUUAUCAAAGGGAAAGAUCCUGAGACCAAGAAACGCGAUUCUGAAUCUCGGACUCUCAAUGAUGAUGUUCAGGAUGUUAUUAUCAUCAGAGGAGCGGAUGGGAGGAAGAAAGAUGGUGAGAGGAAGUUCAGGAUCACUCCUAUCCAGAGAGAUGGGAAGAUGGGGGAUGAUGAUGAAGAUGAACUGCAACUUCUAGAAAAGAAAAUUGAUUCAGUUGGUUUAUCACAAGAUGCUCUUAAAGUGGCAAAAAGAGAAUUAAAAAGAUUAAGAAAACUCCCAACAGCUAUGCCAGAACACGCAUUAACUCGCAGCUACGUUGAGCUACUUGCAGAUUUGCCGUGGAACUCUAGCAGUAACGACAAACUGGAUUUAAACCAAGCAAAGUUGGAUUUGGACGUCGACCAUUAUUCAAUGGAUAAACUAAAACGCAGAGUGCUGGAAUAUUUAGCUGUGCGGCAAUUACAGUCAAAUAAAUCGAAACAGAACGUCAAAGGGCCGAUCCUAUGUUUUGUUGGACCUCCAGGUGUCGGAAAAACCAGUGUUGGUCGCUCGAUUGCUAAAACUUUGGGUCGGAAGUUUCACCGAAUAUCACUUGGUGGAGUGUGUGACCAAUCUGACAUUCGCGGCCACAGAAGAACUUACGUAGGAAGCAUGCCAGGGAGGAUCAUAAAUGGAUUGAAAACUGUUGGAGUCAACAACCCUGUGUUUCUACUUGAUGAAGUGGAUAAGUUAGGUAAAGGACUACAAGGUGACCCAGGAGCGGCUUUACUAGAAGUUUUAGACCCCGAACAAAAUCAUACGUUUGUUGAUCAUUAUUUAAACGUUCCUUUCGAUUUGUCAUCUGUUCUAUUUAUAGCAACAGCAAACUCUAUAACUGGAAUACCAACUGCACUGCUGGAUAGAAUGGAAGUUAUUGAGGAGGCGGGAGUCCGGGAUCUUGAUCGGAAGUUGGCAGGAAUCUGCAGAUCAAUCGCUCUCACUGUUGCAAACCAUGAUACGAAAAACAACAAGGUGGAAAUAACAAUUGAUGAAGCUGAGCUUAAAGAUAUACUCGGUCCUCAAAGAUUCGAUCGAGAAUCGGCGCAAAUACUGACAAGACCGGGUGUGGCUGCUGGGUUAGCUUGGACACAAACAGGGGGUGAAAUACUUUACGUUGAGGCGAGUCGUAUGGCUUCUGUUGAAGGGGGUGAGGCAGGAGGUCACAUGACACUCACUGGCCAAUUAGGAGACGUUAUGAAGGAAUCAGCUCAACUUGCAGUCAGCUGGUUGAGAAGUAAUGCUCAAAUACUUGGGAUUGAUAAUGGAGGUAUUCGUUUACUACUUUAACACAUAUUUCUCUGUUUUCUAUCAAUGGUAUUAUGGCUGGUUUUUAAAUGGAAACUUAAAGUCUGUGUUAUGUCAAUGCUGUGGUAGUUUGUUGUAUAAUGGUAACAGUAGAAGUUGGUGGCAUUUGUCACUGGAAAUUUAAACGAUGCCGUACUCUACCACAUAACUUUUGUAAACAUUUAUAAUCG